GCCGCCCCCCGCGGGGACCUGCUGCUGCUGCUGGAGGAGGAGGAGGAGGCGGCGGCGGGCGGGCGAGCCCUCUUGGGGCUCCUGCAGUCCCCGUGCGGGCGGCCGCUCUUCGCCACCUACGCCGGCCUCUGGAGGAAAUGCUACUUGCUGGGUGUCGACAGCCACCUCGACAACCUGGUGGAAAGAGGUAUCACUCAGAGAUGCACAGCAAUCAAAUACCACUUUGCUCUGCCCCUUCGCUUACGGAACAUCCCAUUUAACUUAACCAAGGCCAUUCAGCAGGAUGAAUGGCACCUGCUACAUCUAAGACGAAUCACAGCAGGUUUUCUUGGAAUGGCAGCAGCUGUUCUUCUCUGUGGGUGUAUUGUAACAACUGUCAGCUUUUUUUGGGAAGAAAGCCUCACACAGCAUGUUGCUGGUCUUCUCUUCCUUAUGUCAGGCAUCUUUUGCACUAUUUCCCUCUGCACAUAUGCAGCAAGUGUCUCCUAUGACUUAAACCGCCUACCGAAAAUCAUCUAUGGUCUUCCUGUGGAUGUUGAACAUGGAUACGGCUGGUCGAUAUUCUGUGCUUGGUGCAGCUUAGGACUCACUGUAGCAGCGGGGUGUCUUUGCACCACUUAUCCGUUCAUUAGCAGGACCAAGAUUAGCCAUCUAAAGUCUACCAGAGACUCUUCUGUAUGACUGUGAAGUGACAACAAUCUUCAAGGAUUUAUAAGGGAACUAAAUUCAGAAUCCAAGCACAAAAGAACCCCGACCCCUUAAAUGCCAAACAUUGUGUCUUACUAGCCAGGAAAACACAGAGGAAUUCUUCUCUGCCUGCAGGAUGGCUAGAAUAAAACAUGCAGGCAACCCAAGUUCUUGUGGAACUAAUGGGUGCACUUCAGCACAGAGUACGUGCACAUAUCAUGGAUGAGGUGGGGUAUUCCCACUCAGAUAAGAACACUGUGUUGACAAUUUAGGGCUGCUUUUAUUAAGUGGAGCCUCCUCCAUAAGGUGACAAUGAACAAAAAACACAACUGCCAAUCAUUCUUGAUUGGCUAAACUAUUUCCUUGCUAUCUUUGAUGAGACAUAAUUGAAGUUUCCAUUUGAAUUUAAGCUUGUCUCUUUUUUUGAGUGAAAAGUCAAAUAUUUCUCUUGUAAGUAUAUUUAAGAGUUACCAAAACAGUAUUGUAAGGGGACACUUUGAAAAGGGUUCUGAUCAGCUUUAGCAAUGGAUCGUCAAUUUGCUUUAAAAUACAGGAAAAGGAACUGAUGGGAAGGGCUUGUUCAUUAAACCUUGUGAGAAAAGUUCAAAAGUACUGCUCAGAUAUUCAGUGAUAACUGUGUUCCUGCUUGAAAUGUAUUUAACCCCCCCAAUCUUUUUUAAAAUAUUUCAUAUGGAACUAAAUGCCAUGUGUAAAACAAGAUUAACUGUAUCAAAUAGAUUAUAUGAUACUUGUUAGUAUUGUUGGAAGUAACAUCUAUUGUACCUCUGCCUUUUUGUUUACAAAACGUUUAACGGCAAAACAUUUCCUUUUCUUAAUAGUGUUUGUAAAAUAUCUCAGCAAGUGACUUGGAUAUGGAUUCUUCUCAAAAGUGGUGUAAAUUGAAAGGAAAAAAGAAAUACAACAGUGAAUUAAAACGUAACUGUCUCCAGUCCUACUCAUUCCAACAUUUCUGAAGGCAUAAUUGGAGAUUCCUAGGACAAGCUGUCUGCCCUUAAAAAACUAGACACACCAUAAACCCCUUUCAAGCUUUUUUUAAAAAGCGUUAAUUUGAAAGCAUGGAUAAUGUGAGAAUUCCAGCUUUGCCCCCCUCCCCUCCAUCUCCAUGGGCACAACUGUCUAAAGAUGAAAACUAUGUGUGGUAUUUUUCUACACAAUUGAAGAUCCUGAAAAAACACAGCUUCUGACUAUGUAGAGAGACUCCACUUGUAAAAGACCAACUCUUGACUAGUGGUUCCCAAACUUGGGUGA